AUGGCGAACAUAGCGCGGAGUAAGGGUCAAGUGUAUAGUGUUGGAAAUUACUUGAUGACCGGUAAAGUCUUAGGGAAGGGACAUUUCGCGAGGGUAGAAGAAGCUACUCACCGUAUAAUCGGAAAAAAGGUGGCCAUAAAAAUUAUAGACCUUACGUGCAUCAAAGAAGAUUAUGCCCGCCGUAAUUUACAUCGAGAGCCUAAAGUCAUGGCCAAGCUCCGGCAUCCUUGUAUCGCCGCUUUAUAUGAGACCAUGAUGCAUGGUCCGCGUCUGUACGUGGUGAUGGAGGCUGCAGGCGGGGGCGACCUGUGCGCGCACGUGCUGGCAGCCCGCGGCGCCGCGCGAGGCCUGCCCGAGCAGAGGGCGCGGGCCCUGGCCGCUCAACUAGUAUCUGCUGUCCGGCACAUGCAUGCACGCGGUGUAGUGCAUCGCGACUUAAAGAUGGAAAAUAUAAUGUUGGACAGCACGAAACAGUUUAUUAAGAUCGUUGAUUUCGGUUUGUCCAACGUGUGGUGCGCGGGCGGGGCGCUGCGCACGCCGUGCGGCUCGCUGGAGUACGCCGCGCCUGAACUGUUUGUAGACGGACGGAAGUACGGGCCGGAGGUCGACCUGUGGAGUAUAGGCGUGAUUGUAUUCGGUAUGGUGACGGGUGGCUUGCCGUUUGCGGGUAGUGGCAGUGGUGGGGGGGCGGCCGCGGCCGGCGCGGGGGAGGGGAGCUCCCGGCCUCAGUUGCGCGCCGCCAUCGCGCGCGGGUACACGCGCAAACAGAGGGCAGCGCUUGUAUGUGUGUCAGCAGAAUGCAAGACCUUCAUCCAGCAGUUGUUGGAGCCGAAGGUGGAGUUGAGAAUGAAGAUCGAGGAGGCGGCGAGACAUCGAUGGAUCAGGAGACCUGGCAUGAGGAUGAAGACACACCCGCUGCCGGGAGUCGAACCCAGGGCUAACAGGGAGAUUUACAGACAAAUCUCCGAGCUGUGUGGAGAGACGAUGCUAGAUGUCAUCGCUCACAUUAAGGCGGACCCGUUCGGCGCGAUCGCCGGCAUUUACAACAUCAAGUCGCACCUACAACAGAUGACGUCCAACACUGGAGGCGACCUUCUAUGGUCUUCAAGCACCGAGGAGCCCCGACCCUCGAGCCCGCCGGAGUACCGCGUCAAAUACGACGAGUACGCGCCAUCUAGCAGUCGGAUGUCGGUGUCACAAAUACCGAGCUUCAACUUCCCCACACAUAUACGACAGUUUGAACAAAAAACGGAAGGAAAACCGCUCAUCCCUAAGAUGCCACGAGCCGCGAAAACGCAAAAGCCUAUCGCGGCUCAGAAGUGCCAAAAGAUGGAUCAAAAGGUUCAGAACGAGAGCCCGUCGGUCGCGAAGACUUGUUAUACGAUGAAGAAGCCGGUGUUCAAGGUUUAUGACAAUGGAGACGGUUUUGAUCCGCGGCUGCCUAGUAUAGACGAGCAUUCCAACAUCGACGUGACGGACGGCAAGAACCUCCACAAAGGGAGGCAGUGUGUGAGGAAGGUGAGCCUCGAGGAGCCCGCGAGGAUCAGCUCCUGCCCGGACAGAGCGGACACCAAGAGAAGCGACUUCUAUAAGAAGGCUGGCGACGGACUGCAGAGUUGGCGCGUUGGUCCUUCAACCCCCUCGGCUAGAAUGUUGCUUCAAAGUAACGCCACCACUAUCAAGAGAGCUUCUUUAGGAAACAUUGUAAGCCCACACUCAUCAUCGAACAGUCACUGCAAAAGCGAAAGGGCAAUGCCAGUGGGGUGGUAUUCAACACGCAACAAAGAGACGAGCUUACAACGGCUAAGAAGAACUGUGCCUAUGAAAUGA